AUGGAUCCAGUCAUGGGAACCCACCAGAGAGAUGUCCCCGUCCUCUGUAUUCCCGGGAUUCCACACAGGAAGUCACACCAUCCCUCACCAUCAUCAGGUAGAUGAUGACAAUUAUUGGAACCCCCCAGAGGGAUGUCCCCGUCCUCUGUAUUCCCGGGAUUCCACACAGGAAGGUCACACCAUCCCUCACUAUUACAAGGUUGAUGGAUCCAGUCAUGGGAACCCACCAGAGAGAUGUCCCCGUCCUCUGUAUUCCCGGGAUUCCACACAGGAAGGUCACACCAUCCCUCACCAUCAUCAGGUAGAUGAUGACAAUUAUUGGAACCCACCAGAGAGAUGUCCCCGUCCUCUGUAUUCCCGGGAUUCCACACAAGAAGGUCACACCAUCCCUCACUGUUACAAGGUUGGUGUAGAUGCAUACUUGUGGACCUUCCAGAGGAUGUCCCCGUUCUCUGUAUUCCCUGGAUUGUUGGUCACACCAUCCCUCACCAUCUGUAGAUGAUGACAAUUAUUGGAACCCACCAGAGAGAUGUCCCCGUCCUCUGUAUUCCCGGGAUUCCACACAGGAAGGUCACACCAUGAAAACCCCAAAUCCAAGUCCCAUUGCAAGAAUUUGAGGUGAAAGCAGAAGAAGAAGAGGCGUAUGUGAGGGAUGAUCAGCAGUCUAUGGAGGAGGAGGAUGGAAUAACGGGGACAUUUAUAGAGGAGGACACUCCUACAGAGAUCAGCACAGGUGGGUCAUGAACACUAAAUCCA